AUGUUGGUUGAAGAAGCCCUUCCUUUCUUUGCCUUCGCGGUCGCGGGCCUCUAUAGCGCGCUGCGUUUGACUUUCUGUCAUCGGAAUUCCUUGCUAAUAUAUGCCGGUAGGAUCGGUGUAUUCUCGACCCUUACCAACUCAUAUGCCCUUGUGGCCCUCGGCGCGAGCGAGAAUUUCUACAGUGUCUUUGAAGCCGAGCUUCAAGAUCUCGUGCCUACAGUCCGGACGACGAUUGCCGGUACUCGCAUCAUUGGUCGUCUAACCGCCGGCAACCGGAAGGGUCUCCUUGUGCCCACCUCCACCACGGACCAAGAACUCCAGCACCUGCGCAACUCCCUUCCCGAUUCCGUCCGUAUCCAGCGAAUCGAGGAGCGCCUAUCAGCCCUCGGUAAUGUCAUUGCUACAAACGACCACAUUGCUCUCAUACAUCCAGACCUCGAGCGUGAGACGGAAGAGAUUAUUGCCGAUGUCCUCGGUGUCGAGGUCUUCCGCCAGACCAUUGCCGAUAAUGUCCUUGUCGGAAGCUACAUGAGCCUCUCCAACCAGGGCGGCCUGGUUCAUCCCAAGACGAGCAUUCAAGACCAGGACGAGCUCUCAAGCUUAUUGCAGGUUCCGCUCGUUGCAGGUAGCGUGAACCGUGGAAGCAACGUUGUCGGCGCUGGGAUGGUCGUCAAUGACUGGCUCGCCGUUACUGGCCUCGACACUACCGCUACGGAGCUGAGCGUUGUUGAGAGCGUCUUCAGGCUAGGCGACGGAAUGGGUCCCAGCAAUAUCAACACGAGCAUGAAAGAUACCAUGGUCGAGAGUUUCUACUAA